AUGAUGAGUUGGCAGGCUGGCUUCAUCAGCACUCAUCACCAGACGCUAGACUUGCUGCCCUCAAGAAUCUACAUUCUAUUCUCCGGAGGCAUUGAAGCGCCUCGAGACAACACAUCAUGUGCCCGCCAUCCCUUCGUCUGGGAUGACCAGAUGAAGCGUUUUGAGGAGGAGUCAGACAGUACUUACAGCCGACCUGACGACAGACACCACUCAGUCACGUGA